AGCGCCCGGCCUGAAUGGGAGCCAAUCGCGCUGCCCUGGCCUCUGCCAAUCAUCGGUCUCCCUCCAAUCCCACCCGCGCACAUUUCCAAACUCUGGUUCCCAACCGCGCCGCUCAAAUGUGCCGAGCGCUCUGCCAAUCGCUGGAGGCCAGAGCGGGGAGCGGAUGGAAUGAGCAGCCGAGUUGGGAAGCGGAGGAGACAAAAGAAGUUAAAGAGCCGCUUAAUCGCUCCAUGUUUGGCAAGGCGGCGGCGCUGGUGACGGUGGCGGCGGCGGCGGCAGCGGGCAGGGGGAGGAAGGCUUCAGCCCCCGCCGGGUUGGCCCAGGCCCGGGCUACCCCCGGGCGGCUCGAUGGGCCGUUGGGCGGCGGAGGCGGCGGCGGCAUGGAGCCCGCGCUGAGUUGCAAGAGGAGCCCCAGCCUGCGCUUGGCCGACUCCUUCAGCGGCGGCGGCGGCGGCGGCGGCUUCCAUCCCUUGCACCCGGGGGACUUGGGCUCUUUGGACCCGGCUGCUACCGCCCCCUUCGGGCCCGAGCACGUGGCGGCGGGCGCUCUCAAGCUCAGCCCGGCCAGCCCCGAAGCGACUUUCGCCGCGGCCGCCUCUUUGCAAUCGGCCGGGAGCGGAGUUGGCGCCAACGGCGCGGCUCCGGCCUCGGCUAGUCAGCCUUACAGGGCGGCGGGCAGGGAGCUGGCGCUGCGGCGGGAGCCGGCCUUGCGGGGGGAUCUCCAGCAGCCCCCGGCGGCCGCCAGCUCGCCCAUGUUCAUCUCCUCGGCCGGCACCUACGGCGCUGGGGGGGACCUCCACGCCGCCGUCUUUCCGGGCCUGCACGAGCAUCCCGCCGGCACCUCCGGCGGGCACCACCCGCUCAACGGCCAGAUGCGCUUGGGGCUGGCCGUGGCCGCCGCCGCCGCCGCCGCCGCGGAGUUUUACGGGCGCAUCGAGCCCUUCCGCCCUUCGGCCGCCGCCUCCGAAGCGUCUUACGGCCCUGCAGCGCACGGCUAUCCGGUCAACUUGGCGGCGGCAGCUGCGGCCGCCGCCGCUCUGCAGCAGCAGCAACACCAGCACUCGCGCCCGCCUGCACAUGCGCACCACGCGUCGCCGCCGCCGCCGCCGCAGCCGUCGCACCACGCGGGCGCCGCCGCCGCCGCCUUCCUGCGCUACAUGCGGCAGCCCAUUAAGCAAGAACUGAUCUGCAAGUGGCUGGAGGCCGAGGCGGGCGGCGGCGGCGACGGCGGCCCGCCACCCUGCUCCAAGACCUAUAGCACCAUGCACGAGCUGGUCAACCACGUCACGGUGGAGCACGUCGGGGGGCCCGAGCAGAGCAGCCACGUGUGUUUCUGGGAGGAGUGUCCCCGCCAAGGGAAGCCCUUCAAGGCCAAGUACAAGCUCAUCAACCACAUCCGCGUGCACACGGGCGAGAAGCCUUUCCCCUGCCCGUUCCCGGGAUGCGGCAAGGUCUUCGCCCGCUCCGAGAACCUCAAGAUCCACAAGCGGACUCAUACAGGGGAGAAGCCUUUUAAAUGCGAGUUUGAUGGCUGCGACAGGAAGUUUGCCAAUAGCAGUGACAGAAAGAAACACUCCCAUGUCCACACCAGUGACAAGCCAUACUUCUGCAAAGUCAGAGGCUGCGAUAAGUCCUACACACACCCCAGCUCUUUGCGAAAACACAUGAAGAUCCACUGCAAAUCCCCACCACCUUCUCCUACCCCAGGAUCUCAUGGGUACCAGCCAGUGGGGACAACCCUGGGUGCUCCUCUUUCCCCACUUCAGGACUCAGGAAGGGGUCAGCCUACCAGCCUUUCUCCUCAGGUCACCAAUCUCAAUGAAUGGUACGUUUGCCAGGCCAGUGGGGUGACCAACCACCUCCAUACCCCAUCCAGCAACGCCACCUCUUCUGAGGAGGAAGAUGAGGAGGAAGAGACCUACGGGAACUCUGAGUCAAGAACUAUUCAUUAGAACUCUGGAAUGGCAUAUACACAGUGCCAUUUUUGUUCACUUGGUCUAUUUAUUAACUAAAUGAAACCCUAUGGUGUUUGUAUAUGUAAUUAAUUUAAGUCAUUGGACUUAUCUCUUUUUUAUGUUAUUAAAAAGAAGAAUCUUUUUUUUAAAACCAAUUUGAAUUUCAAGAAUGACCCAACACACAUUACUUUUCUGCCCCCUCCGCCCCCCAGUCUCUUAAGGAUAAUAGGAGAGGUUCAAGGCAUAGCUUGAUUUGCAAUUUAUGCAUAGCCAGUUUGACAGUCCCAUGAAAAUGUUUUCCAAAAUAAAGCCAGAAAUGUGGCUUAUGAAUGCAGUAUAGGUGAAUGGAGGCUCUUAAUGCCAGGAGUAAGCUUUAUAAGCUUUGAAAGAUUUAUUCCGCUCUACAUUUGUCAUUUGUUAAACUGCCAAUUGAUUUUUUUAUUUUUUUUUUGGCAUUCAUAUAGUAAUCUCUGUAUUUCGUUCACUGCCUUUGAAUUUUUUUUUUUAAUUUCCUCAAGAUCUCAAAAUGGAGCGCAUGAAUAAAAUCCUUGAACUGAUGUUUGCAUCAGACUGACACUAAUGUUGAAACUCUGGCUAUUCCUAAUUAUAAUUGCUCCUUGAAGGUUAACGCUAAGAAUGCUUGCAUAGAAGAUUGGGCCAUAUCUUUAAAUGGUGUUUACUUCCAGGUAAAGGUAGUUGAGGGAAGGAGUGAGUGUUACAAUCCCAGUUAAAUAAGAUUUCACAAGAAGCCAAAUUUUCUCUCUUGGUUCCUUUAUGCUAAAUAUUUAUAUUCAGAAUAAACAAUAAUCUGCAUUGAUCAAUAGGCUGGCCUCAGGACAUCAAUAUGUUUCCAUAUCUUUAGGUCUUUAGUUUUACAUGUGUUCAUUUUUUAAAAAUAAUUCUAAUUUUUAAAACUUUCCUGAGCUCUAAUUUUAGGACUGAGGGAAAAAUAAAAUACUGCUGGUGUCAGUGUAAAUGCUGCAAUUAUUUAUUAUUGUUUUAGGCAUUCAAGGUACCUGAAAGCAAUUUUCUCACUGAUUUUGGUGUUAUUUAUAGGCAACUAUUUCAGCAGGACUCGUUUGUAAAUUCUCUUUUUUAAAAAUAAUCCACCUAUUGGAUUAUUUAAAUAAUCCAAUGCCUAUUUCUUAGUUGAGACCAUGAAUCUAAGUAUAUUUACUUGUGAACCAGUGACACUGAAUCAAAGUAUAUUAGAUUUAUGAGAGAACAAUGUUUGGAAAUUGAAUCCAAAGUAAAGCAUUGGAUCACACCUCUCCCUCUUGUCCACCUCUUCCUUUUGAAAGAGCUAUAAUGCUGGAGAAACACAAUCUUUCUUUCUGAAAGAAUAUUUUUUACAUGACCCAGCUUUUCAUCCUUGUUUAUACAAAGGUUUUAUAAGCGAUUUCAUAUUUUUCACCACCUGUAAUUAUAUGCAAUGAUUCAGUGACCAAAGUAAAUUGUCAUAAAUGGAUAAAUAGAAUGGGGUGGGGGAAAAGUAAAUUACCUUUGGCCUCGCUGCCAAGCUAUUCAAGGGAAAGGUCAUGGAACACUGACAAAUUCUGAUGUGGUUAGUGAAACAUUUCAAAUGCAAAAUGUUGGUUCAUCAUAAACACCCUACAGAUAUUCUAAAGAGCACUAAUUUAUCCUCAGAGACCACUGAAUAAGGAACUGGUUGCCUACCAAUUUCCAGGGCUUGUAGAAACGAGUGGGAUUUUUUAAAAAAUGUGCCUGUAUUGUAAUAUGUAGUCUUGUCAUUGUUAUAAAUUGUAUGUGGAAGUGAUUUAUUUUGUACAGCUAAAUUAAUUUAUUUUUUUUUUAAUUUUUAGAUAUCAUUCCACUCCCGCACCCCCUUUUUCUUUUUAUAGCAUACAGAACACACCAAAGAAGACUAUUAUACUUUUGGUGAAAGCUGUCUAUAAUUCUGUGGUUUGUUUCGGAGGAAGCCUCACUCUAUUUUUCAAGUUACUUGAAUGAAUAAUGUAAUGUGAAAACAGAUCCUUUCUGCAUGUCUGCUGUGCAGUGUGUCGGUGUUCAGUAGUUUAUAGAGAUACUUGUUUUUUAGUCCAGUGCAUGGUGCUGUCCAUCUGAAAGUUUUUAAAUGCCCUCAUCAUAUUAUUAUACAAAGGAAAGACAGGACAUUUUAAUAUCUAUACCCAUAAUUAUAUAAAGAGAACUUGAAUACAAACCACUUUUAAACUUAUGUUUGCUUGUUUUCCAUUUCUUUAUUUGGAACCCAUUCAGAUACUAAGAAAAAUACAAUGGAAAAGGCCUGGACUUUCACAAGGUAAUUUAAGUUUUGGCAGUCUUUAUUUUUGGGAAAAAAUGUCUUGCUGAUUUUAAAAAUGCGUUGUUUUUAAUUUAUACAUUUUAUUUUCUUGUCCUCCUUUUGGAAAGAAAAAUUGCACUAUUACCAGCCCUUGUGUUUUGCUUAAUGGGAAACUUAACAUCUUUAAAGGUACACAAUUACUAGGAAGAAGAUACUUUGUUCCAAUGGACUUACUUCCAAAUAAUUGAGGUUAUCAUUGGGGCUGUAGUAUUCUUUCUUUAUUGUGCCAUGGCUUUCUCACAAUUUUUUUUUAUAACACAUAGUACCUCCUUCAUAUCUGUUAACCUGAUCAUACAUAAGUAAAAAGAGUUUAAGUGAAAUAAAAAUAUUCUUCUUAUAUCUCA